AUGGGAAGCAUUGAUUGUAUUAGGGCUGAUUCUUCAAUUGGGGGAAAAACCAAAGGAAGAAGAAACAACAAAGAUGUUGUUCGAGGUAGUACUGAAGAAGGUUCAAGAUUUUGGAAGAAAUUGAGGAUUUUCCUAGGUUGCAUGCUUUGGAGUUCCAAAGGGGAAGCUUCUUCAAACAAAAUCCAUCAAAUUCAUGGAAGACAUGAUACAAAUGAUGUUGAUAGACAGCAACCAAUUUCCCCAACAUCCUCAUCCAACAGAAGAAUAAGUAGCCAUGCAAGAUUGUCUGUUCCGGAUCAAGAACUGUUUGAAGCUUCUUUGCUUCUUCGAAGGUUCGCUUUUCAAGAUCUUAUGUUGGCAACAAGAACUUUUAAGGUUGAGAAUUUUCAUGAUGAGAAAGGGUUUGGAGUUUUGUUGAAGGGUUGGAUUAAUCCAUAUGGAAACUAUGCAGCAAGGCCUGGAAAAGGGAUUCCCAUUGCAGUGACGGCACUCAACUUAAAUCAAUGUCAAGAUCAAAAGGAAUGGCUAGAUGAAAUUAGUUAUCUCAGUGAACUCAAUCAUCUAAAUCUGGUUAAAAUAGUAGGUUUUUGCAUUGAGGAUGGCAAAAGACUACUAGUACAUGAGUAUAUGUGUCAAGGAAGCUUAGAGAAGCAUCUAUUCAGCAGAACUCUUCGACUUACAUGGCCUAUGAGGAUGAAAAUUGCAAUUGGUGCUGCCAAUGGCCUUGCAUUUUUACACGAGGAAGCUUCAAGGCCAGUAAUAUUUCCAGAUUUUAAGACAUCUAAGAUCCUAUUGGAUAUGGACUACAAUGCAAAACUUUGGGACUUUGGUCUUGCUACAGAAAUUCAUGCACCAACUAAAGUAGUAGCAACAAAAGGCUAUGAAGCCCCUGAGUAUCUCAUGACAGGACGCAUUACUUCUGAGAGCAAUGUUUAUAGCUUUGGGAUUGUUCUGCUUGAAAUGCUGACAGGAAGAAGAGCCUUGGAUGAAACAAUGCCAGCAGAGGAACAAAACCUGAUAGAAUGGUUGCGACCUCAUCUCAGAAACAAAGCAAAUUUUCAUUAUUUAAUGGAUCCUAGACUUGAAGGGCAAUACCCUACAAAGUGUGCUCAUAGGACAAUGAGAAUAGCUACUCACUGUCUUCGCCUAGACCCUAAAGCAAGACCCCUUAUGAGUGAAGUAGUUCACAAGUUGAAGUAUCUGCAUGAUGAGAUGGUUGGUGAGAUUGGUCCCAAAACCUCACAUGGUGUAGGCCCUUCCAACCAUGGUAGUGCUAACAAGUAUGCCCUUGGAAGAUGUUCAUCACCUUUAAGAUGUUUUCAAGGUUCACCACAGCACCAAUAUUACCCUCUUCCCCUACCUCCAACUCCACCAAAUCCUUCGCUUGCAUCUUCGUCUAAAUCCUAG